UUGAGUUUUGCACUGUUGUAUCAGAAACAACUGAGCCACAGUCAGAGCUAAUAGAAGGACUUUGCAAUUCAACAGCGAGCGAGUUUACACUGAAACAUUGCAAGGGAACCUAUACCGUAUUGGAUUACUGAUUUGCCGGACGCGCUGGAAACCUCGAUUCGGGAAUAUACUCAUUGGAGAUUAUCCUUGUGGAUUAUACAAUUAACGAACUUCAAUAUGACUCUGGAAGAACUGGGAUGCAAUAUCACUGAGAAAAAGAUGGAGACCGUGAGUCAAGCUCUAGAAGAGCUGCUGGUGGCAGCGCAGCAACAAGACUGCCUGACUUUGGGAGUCUACGAGUCUGCAAAACUGAUGAAUGUUGAUCCUGAUAGUGUAGUCUUGUGUGUUCUGGCGACUGAUGAGGAAGACGAGGAUGACAUCGCACUGCAGAUUCACUUCACGCUCAUCCAAGCCUUCUGCUGCGACAACGACAUCAACAUACUGAGAGUCUCGGGCAUCAGGCGCCUCGCUCAGGUUCUUGGCGAGCCAAGCACCGCUGACAGCAACGGCAACGAGCCCAAAGAUCUGCACUGCAUCCUUGUCACUAACACCCAGUGCCAAUCUCUGAAAUGCCAAGCGUUGCAGGACGUGGGCAACUACUGCGAGGAGAGCCGCUGCAAGAACCAGUGGGUGCCUUAUCUGGCCCUGCAGGAGCGCUGAACUAACGACCCUCACUGAGAAGCGUGAAAUAAACAAGUCGUGAAACUAAACAAGUCGUCAUUCUUCAAGAAUGAGAAAGGCAUUCAAGGGGCAUUAUCGAUAGGCCUGUGUCUGCCUACCCCUUGCCGCUACCCAGUGACGGAGCUGGGAAUGCGCAUGUUCCAAGGGACAAUGCACAUGCAUCCAUAACGCAUCGGACCCCAGUUCUCUUCCUCUGCGGAAAGGAAAAGUAUCCGCUGGAGUGGGGAGUAAAAACGAACGGUAGAGAAGACUCACUGCUGUUUGCCCAGCCAUUUUGGAGCAACCGUGGGCGGCUGCAUAGCGUGGGAACUGAUUUGCAGUUUCGUUUAUGCAGAGGAGGGACAAAGCAACAGAGAAUACAGACUUGAAACUGGGUUUAACCCUAUGCUUUCCGACGUGGAAGUCGGGGUAUUUAUGAUGAAAUGCAAUGUGAAUGACUUCAAUGCUCUAUGGUUGGAUGUUAUGAGCUUUGAAGAAGUGUCUUCAGAGCAACAAUGCCUAUGGAUUGUUAUUAUGUGAAAUAUAUUGAUCAGGUAUUCUGGCUACACUCAUAGCCCGAUGGCUGUCAGUUAAGAGGGUCAAAACUUUGCCACAAUGUAACAAUGUAUUUGACAUUGACACAUCAAACUAAUGUAUUGUUAUUAUUUAAGUUGAACCGAGUAAUAUAUGACAGUGAACUAACUGCAUUGCUGAAUUUAAUGUUAAACCUAUUUGAAUAAAUUAUUGAACUGAAA